AUGAAAGUCGAGGCCGAGUCUUCGAUCAUGCUACCUUAUGGCCUCUCGCGUGCAAGACAGAAACACAACAACACUGGGCAGAAUCACAAUCGAUCUCUGCCUGAUGAAGCUCAGAGAUGGUGGGUUCCGAGCUUACAACAGCUAUCUAAGUCUUCCGAUGGUCUCAGUGGGAAGAACCUCGCCGGGAGCUUGUCAAAGUUGACCGUCGUUGAGGUCUCCAAUCAGCAAUAUCGAUCCUCUACAAGGCAAACAGGGUGCCCUACAGGCACACUUGCAAAUGACCGGCCUAACUCAACGACAAACAAGCCUGGUAGUUUGAAUCGGAAACAUGACAGCAUACAGCUGACGCUUCACGACAAUGUGGAGGUGGUCGAUCUUUCGACCAAACAUUCGCCAUACGAUGAUGGUGACCCCUCCAACCUCACUAAAGCGAAUCUCAUGAGUGCUCAGCAGAAGCCACACCCAGUCGUUCGAGAUGAGGUUUCUCAUCAAGCGGUGCAUAUUGAAAGCGUGGACGAUCAUCGAGUUACAGAGCCACUGACACGGUCUAUUUUCCCAAUCAAGACAGAGGGACCCGACGUCAUUGAAUCAGUUCACCUCAUCGACCCUGGCAUUUUAGGGAACAAGACCUCCACGGCAUUUCUGCCGGUUCGAGCUCGCCAGUUUGGCUGGGCAACACCAAAUCUCAAAAUGGAUCUCUCUGAUAUUCACGAUCCGGAACUCCAACGACAAGUCGCCAGGCUCAUGGCGGUGUAUCCAUACACAGUCAGAUACUUGUUCGAUCUGUUGAUCGAACACGAGGGAAACUACGAAACCGCUCUACGCACACUUCAGUCGUCUAACAAGAAGAACAUACCGAGGCGAGAGAUGCCCAGCCUCAUUAGUGACAUCUCGAAUAAGCGAAUCAUCUAUAGUCCCUGUUCGAGUCGUCUGAGUCCAUUAGAAGCGCCAGCGGAACAUGUGGAGCAGGAGAUUUCGCACCGUUCACCGGGUUCAGUGGUGAAAAAGGAAGAGGAGGAGGAGGAGAUCAAGUACAAUAUCAUGGAACUGAUUGGCGACGCCGCAUUCGAUAUCGACAACGACUCCCUGGAAGCUGAUCCGAACUUGCGAACGGCUCGACACCGGUAUGUCUCGCCAGUCAAACCGAAUCAAUGCGGAAAAGAGAAAUCCCAGAACAAUAGAGGGGUGUCAGGAAACAGAAAGCCUACGACACCUAGGACCAAUCUGACACCAGUUGCAAAUAUGGGAAGUAAAAGAGCCCAGAAACCUCGAAAGGCAAAGGCCAUGGCGAUACCGAAACCCCAUCCUCCGUUUAGUCCAGCUUGUGUUCUCCCUCGUCCUUCGCGUGACUGGAGCGAGGCAUAUUCGGAUGUGUCUAUGGCUUCCCGCCACUGA